AUGAGACGAUUCCUGCUGCUCCUCUCCGUUCUUUUGGUCUCUGCCGCCGCUCAAGACUUCAAAAAUUCCGAAUGGGCAUUCAAGCAACAGCACAUUGCAUUCUGGGACCUCGAGAAGCCGAUUCAGGAGGAAAUCGGGAAUUUGUUCGACGACGUGUCGGUUGAUUAUUGAUGAAACGUUAGACGAUACGCUCGUUUUUAGUUUGUCUCGAUUCUUGGAGAGCGACGUCGGCGUUCCGUCGAAAAUCGCUGUGAAUCGGAUGGAAGACCUCGUCGACAACACUUUCAUCGAGCCGUUUUUCGUCGGAAACACGGUAAACAAACGCAGUUUUCAUCUAUAUCUUUCAAACGCAUCAAUUUAGGACAAAGUCAGCGCGUUCUACUACGUGGCGCCGCCUCUCGCCAAAUGGUGCUCCAGCUACAGCUCCCGCAGCACUUCUCAGAUCAUUGUGCACAAAAACCGCCGCAUCGCCAUCACUUUCGAUUGUAACAAGAAUGCCGGUACGGGAAAUCUAUAUAUUUUCCACAAUUUUGCCGAUUUUCAGUACUUCCGUCGCCGCGAACUAUCGUCAAAGCGAUGAUUCUCGUCAUGUUCACCGCCGCCUUUAUCUUCGUCGUCAAAUCAAUCCCCUUCGAAUUGUGGGUUCGCAAAAUAGCAAAAUAGAUACAAAAACUACCAAUUUUCAGUAUGAUUCUGCAAGCCGCCGGUAAAUGCGACGAUCUGCAAGACGAUGAGAGCGACAAUACGAGCGAGUCGUCGAACGACAGCCUUAUGGCCGACGCCAUCGACACCCUCGAGCAGACCUCGUUCAUGGAACGGCUCGAGAAGUGGGACGGCUCCAAGAUGGACUCGAUUUAUGACUAA